ACUUCCGGCGGCGGGAGAGGCGCGGGGCGAGCGAGGGCGGCGGCCGGCGCGGCGCGAAAACUGAGCUUUGUAGCGCUAGGAAAUGAAACCUUAGUUCAGAAGAAGACAGUAGACUCUCUAACGAAUACACUUGGCUAUUCACCAUGAGGUUAGGAAAACCUAAAGGGGGUAUUUCUCGAACCUCAAACCAAGGAAAAGCCUAUGAAAACAAGCGUAAAACGGUUCGGCAGCGGCAGAAAUGGGGAAUGACUGUUCGUUUUGAUUCAGGCUUGAGUAGACUGAGAAGAAGCUUGGAUGAAAAACCCUAUAAAUGCACAGAAUGUGAGAAGUGUUUCAGUCAGAGUUCAACUCUUUUUCAACAUCAGAAGAUCCAUACUGGAAAGAAAUCCCAUAAAUGUGCUGAUUGUGGGAAAAGUUUCUUUCAAAGUUCUAAUCUCAUUCAGCAUCGACGGAUCCAUACUGGGGAAAAGCCCUAUAAAUGUGAUGAGUGUGGAGAAAGGUUUAAGCAAAGUUCAAACCUCAUUCAGCACCAGAGAAUUCAUACUGGAGAAAAACCCUAUCAGUGUGAUGAAUGUGGCAGAUGUUUCAGCCAGAGUUCCCACCUUAUUCAGCAUCAGAGAACCCAUACCGGGGAGAAACCCUACCAGUGCAGUGAAUGUGGCAAGUGCUUCAGCCAGAGCUCUCAUCUGAGGCAGCACAUGAAGGUGCACAAAGAAGAGAAGCCACAUAAAGCCCGGGGUAAAAACAUCAGGGCAAAAACUCACUUAGUAUCCUCUUGGAAAGCUGGUACAGGAAGGAAAUCAGUGGCUGGUCUCCGCCAAGUUAAGGGCAGUGCUUCAGCCCUCUUUAAAAAAAAGUAAAGUGUAAAGACAUAGGCUAUCUCUUAGAAUUUGGGAUACUAUAGUAGAGCACUUAGAUACUGGAUUCUUCUUUAGCAUGGAGACAUUGAAAGUUUAAUGACAUUAUAGGGCUGAAAUAAAGACCAGUUGACCUUAUUUUUAUGUAACAUGGAGCACAAAAAAUGAAAAUAUAAGAUCCUUGGUCUCACUUGAAAUUGCUUCCUGCAUUGUUUUGACAAAGAGCAUCAUGUUUUCAUGACAUUUGUGAAAGUGCAGGCAUGCCAAUGAUUACUCAGUUUUAAGACUUCUGUGGAAGGAAUGAAAAGAAAGGGAGAAGGAAUUAGUUUCAUUAGCUUUGAAGUUAUCUGACAUUAGGAGAGUUUAUGUUUGUAAAAGUUUGUAGUAUAUUAACCAUUAGUUUAUAAGUGUGACUCGACUAAAUAAAAUGUAUUCAAGUUCACAGACUUUUUAACCAACAAGGCCCAUCUAUGUUAGUUUUGUUUUUAUUCUCUUCUACUUAAGUCCCUGUUUUUCACCAUAUUCUAAGGAAUCCAAAGUGAGAACUGAAUUAAACCACAAGUCUCCUAUUUCUACUAAUACUGUUCUUUGUGUUGGUAUUACUGCUGUAUUGCUGGUUUUCUUGAAGUUGGGAUGGAUUUAUAUUGAUUGAUGUCCAUGGCCUCUUUUGGUACAUGUUUGACAAACUAAGCCAGCCUUCUAGACUACAUGAAUAAACAUCAUAUUCUAUCAACAAAAUUUCAGCUUCUGGCAAAAAAAAAAAAAAAAAAAUCAAAACAGGAAUUUAUAGGCCUUCCUGCCAGCAAGACUUAUGAGCUUUUAAUUAUCCUGGUUUUCUUAGACAAAUAUUUGUUGACAGCAAAAUUCAUUUAAUGUGUAAGUACACUGGAGCUCCUUUAAAAUUUUGACUUUUUAUACUAUAGGAAUUAUUUAAUAAGGUUAACAAUGUUUCUUAAUGUCCAUCAGAAAGGUGCCAGGUGUUACACGUCUCUGAUCAGCCUUUAGCUCAGGUUUUAUUUCUAUUAAACUCUUAACAUUCUUCUGAUUUUUUUGGUAUCUUUUAUAAUCCUAUCAGUUCCUGCUGUAUUAAUGACCAAUUAUCCACAAAAAUAAAGAAUGAAAUAUUUUGCAUAAUA